CUCCUCACAGCUGAGGCGGCGAAAACAAGAGCUCACAAGCGAGCGAAGAAGGGAAGCCCGGUACAAUAACCCGGAUGACGCGCAGGCGCCUUCUCCGCCCUGCCCUGCCUACGGCCUCCCCAGCCAGCGAAUUGGGGCUCUUCUCCCAUUUGCGGUGUCGGAAGGCGAUCGCGGAGCGGUAUGUCGCCCGCCAUCCACGAGCCGCCUCAUCAGUCCGGCGGCCAGCAGUCGGACGCUACGAAGAAAAGCCUGAAAGAUGAAAUUGAAAUGGUUUUGCGGGAACGCAUUAUGGUUUUGGAUGGAGGCAUGGGGACCAUGAUCCAGCAACAUAACUUAACAGAAGAGCAAUUUCAAGGUGAAGAAUUUAAGGAUCAUAUGAAACCGCUAAAGGGAAACAAUGAUCUGUUAAGCAUAACUCAGCCCGACAUAAUCUACAAAAUUCACAAGGAAUACUUGCUGUCUGGUGCUGAUAUCAUUGAGACAAACACUUUCAGCAGCACCAGAAUAGCACAGGCUGACUAUGGCCUUGAACAUUUGGCUUAUCGGUUAAACAAAAUAUCAGCACAGGUAGCCCGAAAAGCAGCCGAUGAUGUCACUGCUGAGACAGGAAGGAAAAAAUAUGUUGCUGGUGCAAUGGGUCCCACAAACAAGACCCUUUCUGUCUCCCCUUCAGUGGAAAAGCCAGAUUACAGAAAUGUCACUUUUGAUGAGCUCGUGGAAGCGUACACCGAACAAGCCAAAGGACUUCUUGAUGGUGGAGCAGAUAUCAUGUUAGUUGAAACCAUAUUUGAUACAGCCAAUGCCAAGGCAGCUCUCUUUGCGCUCCAGAAGUUGUUUGAGGAAGAGUAUGACCCCAGACCAUUGUUUGUAUCGGGAACCAUUGUCGAUAAAAGCGGCCGCACUCUCUCUGGCCAGACUGGGGAAGCUUUCGUCAUCAGUAUAUCUCACUGUGACCCACUUUGCAUCGGACUAAACUGUGCCUUGGGGGCAGUGGAAAUGAGGCCCUUCAUUGAAGCUAUUGGGAAGUGUACAACAGCCUACAUUAUUUGCUACCCCAAUGCAGGUCUUCCAAACACCUUUGGUGGUUAUGAUGAAACACCUGAAGUGACUGCCAAGCACCUAAAGGAUUUUGCCUUAGAUGGUUUGGUGAACAUAGUUGGUGGCUGCUGUGGAACCACUCCAGCGCAUAUCUGGAAGAUAGCUGAAGCAGUAAAGACAUGCAAGCCUCGCAUUCCUGCCUCCUCCUUUUCAGAAGGCUACAUGCUGCUCUCAGGCUUGGAACCCUUCAGGAUUGGGCAGUACACCAACUUUGUGAACAUUGGUGAACGCUGCAAUGUUGCAGGAUCACGAAGGUUUGCCAAACUCAUCAUGGCCGGCAAUUAUGAAGAUGCCCUGAGUGUAGCCAAGGCCCAGGUUGAGAUGGGAGCUCAAAUUUUGGAUCUCAAUAUGGACGACGGGAUGCUGGAUGGGCCAUGUGCUAUGGCCAGAUUCUGCAACUUCAUUGCUUCAGAACCUGACAUUGCCAAGGUGCCGCUCUGUAUAGAUUCUUCAAAUUUCGCAGUGAUAGAGGCUGGGUUGAAGUGUUGCCAAGGAAAAUGCAUAGUGAACAGCAUCAGUCUGAAGGAAGGCGAAGACGACUUCCUGGCAAAAGCGAGAAAAAUAAAGAAAUAUGGAGCAGCUGUGGUAGUUAUGGCUUUUGAUGAAGUGGGUCAGGCCACUGAAUCUGACGAAAAAAUUUCGAUCUGCACCAGAGCCUACCACCUCCUAGUGAACAAAGUGGGCUUUAAUCCGAACGAUAUCAUUUUUGAUCCCAACAUUCUUACCAUAGGUACUGGAAUGGAGGAACACAAUCUGUAUGCAAUUAACUUUAUCAAUGCGACUAAAACCAUAAAAGAAACUCUGCCUGGAGCCAAAAUAAGUGGAGGCCUUUCCAAUCUGUCUUUUUCCUUUCGGGGAAUGGAAGCUAUUCGAGAAGCAAUGCAUGGAGUUUUUCUGUACCAUGCCAUUAAGUAUGGAUUGGACAUGGGGAUUGUGAAUGCGGGAAACUUGCCUGUGUAUGAUGAUAUCCACAAGGAGCUGUUGCAGUUGUGUGAAGAUUUGAUUUGGAAUAAGGAUCCAGAGGCCACAGAGAAGCUUCUGCGUUACGCCCAGACUCAUGCUCAAGGAGGAAAGAAAGUGAUACAGACGGAUGAAUGGAGAAAUGGCUCUGUAGAAGAAAGACUGGAGUAUGCCCUUGUCAAGGGUAUUGAUAAGUAUGUGGUUGAAGACACAGAAGAAGCUAGGUUAAACAAAGAAAAGUAUCCCAGACCUCUGAAUAUAAUUGAGGGGCCUCUGAUGAAUGGCAUGAAAACAGUUGGUGAUCUUUUUGGAGCUGGCAAGAUGUUUCUACCACAGGUUAUCAAAUCUGCUCGUGUUAUGAAGAAGGCUGUUGGUCAUCUGAUUCCCUUCAUGGAAAAGGAAAGAGAGGAAAUGCGUGCAUUGUCAGGUUCCACAGAAGAAGAGGACCCCUACAAUGGCACAAUUGUGUUAGCUACUGUGAAAGGUGACGUGCAUGACAUUGGCAAGAACAUUGUGGGAGUUGUUCUGGGCUGCAAUAAUUUCAGAGUUAUUGAUUUGGGAGUCAUGACGCCAUGUGACAAGAUACUCAGAGCUGCUCUUGAGAACAAAGCAGAUAUCAUUGGUUUGUCUGGCCUCAUCACGCCCUCUUUGGAUGAGAUGAUAUUCGUUGCCAAGGAGAUGGAGAGAUUAGAAAUCAAGAUUCCUUUGCUGAUUGGAGGAGCAACUACAUCCAAGACACAUACAGCUGUAAAAAUUGCUCCGCGAUAUAGUGCUCCUGUUGUCCACGUCCUAGAUGCCUCCAAGAGUGUGGUGGUUUGCUCUCAGCUUUUAGAUGAGAAUCUAAAGGACGACUUCUUUGAAGAAAUACAAGAGGAAUAUGAAGACAUUAGACAGGACCACUAUGAUUCGCUCAAGGAAAGGAGAUAUUUAUCACUAGAGCAGGCGAGGAAUAAGGGCUUUUAUUACGAUUGGCUAACUGAAUCUAAACCAGUUAAACCGCUGUUCCUCGGCACUAGAGUCUUUGAAGAUUAUGAUGUGCAGAAGCUGGUGGAAUACAUUGACUGGAAGCCCUUUUUCGAUGUCUGGCAGCUCAGAGGCAAAUACCCCAACCGGGGAUUUCCUAAAAUCUUCAACGAUAAAACAGUGGGGGAAGAGGCAAAAAAAGUUUAUAAUGAUGCGCAGAAUUUGCUGAAAACGUUGAUUAUGCAAAACAGAUUUAAAGCUAAAGGUCUGGUUGGAUUCUGGCCAGCUCGGAGUGUUCGAGAUGACAUUUAUUUAUAUGCCACAGAAGAGGAAGUGCAGUCUUCAGAACCAAUAGCUAAAUUCUGUGGGUUAAGGCAACAGGCUGAGAAAGACUCUUCUUCUACAGAUCCCUAUUACUGCUUGUCUGAUUUCAUAUCCCCUCUGGAGUCGGGUAUACCUGACUAUUUGGGUCUUUUCGCUGUGGCAUGCUUUGGAGUAGAUGAGCUAUGCACAGAAUAUGAGAAGCAGUCUGACGAUUACAAUAUCAUAAUGGUGAAAGCGCUGGCAGAUCGGUUAGCGGAGGCAUUUGCUGAGGAGCUGCAUGAAAGGGUCCGGAAAGAAUUUUGGGCUUACUCUGAGGGCGAACAGCUAGAAUUUUCAGACCUGCGUAGAAUCAGAUAUGAGGGGAUUCGUCCUGCCCCUGGGUAUCCCUGUCAACCUGACCACCUGGAAAAACUCACCAUGUGGAGACUUGCAAGCAUUGAAGAGGCAACAGGUAUUCAGCUGACAGAAUCCUUAGCCAUGCUACCUGCUUCAGCAGUGUCAGGUCUCUAUUUUUCCAACCCUGAAUCCAAGUACUUCGCUGUUGGGAAAAUAUUGAAAGAUCAGGUUGAAGAUUAUGCCUUAAGGAAAAACGUGCCUGUGGCAGAUGUGGAAAAAUGGCUGGGGCCCAUUCUUGGAUAUGAUCCAGAAUAACUGUAUAUGCAUUGAGGGUAGGGAUGUGAUAGGGCUUUUGUCUUGAAAGAUACGAAUGAGAAGAAAAGGCAAAGCUCAGGACUCACGCACAAGAAACAGGUACCAAAUGGAGGCAACCACCUCAUCCCUGCCCCCAACAAGCCACAGUGCCUGCCACAGCAGAAGCUAAAAAAAUGUUGGCAAUGGAGUAAACCUUUGAGUUUUGGUCACCAUAGAAAGUCAAUUAAAAUGACCAACAUGUGGUGACCAUUUAAAGUACAGAUACAUUUUCGCAUGCAUCAUGUUUCUAAUUAAAAAUAUCCUCCCACUUGAUUUUUGGAGCCCAAUGUAAAAGAGAUGAAUAUGCACACAAAAUGCUCCUGACUUGCUAAGAUGUUGGGGCUUUUAAUCAGAAAAGUUUAGUAUUUAAAUGUGCUGUUAGAGGAGCACCAAUGAAACACUACACAGAGCCCAUAACCCAUAAUUAUCUCCCUGUGUGAAUAUUGUUACUGGGUUGAGCACAGCCAUUAUUAUUUAUUUGUAGCCAUAAAAAACUAUGUCAAGACAAAUAUUUGCACUGAUAUGUCCCACUGCCCAGGAAUAUAAAUAUAAUCACAGGACACUGAUCCUUGAUUGGACUGUGUGUAUAUAUAUAAUAGCAAAUAGAGUCAGAAAUCUGACAGAGAUUUAAGUGCCUUGAUUCUGAUUUCCACGGUAAUUUCUCUUUUCAGCCUUUGUCUUUCUAAAUAAGCUUACCCAAUUGUUCACUGUAGCUCAACUAUCUGGUAGACUCAGGAAAAUCAUGUAAUUCUUUGAAUUUUUAAAUUUCUACUUCUAUUCACAGGUAGUUAAGCUUUCUGUUCUGUUACUACUGGGGAAAGUCUCUUUGCCUGUCUUUUUUUGCUAUAUACCAACAUUUGCCACAGUAUUACGCUCUAAGUCUUUAGGUGUUUACUUCUUAAAGUGUGGCACCACACUAGCUUACCUGCUGCGAUAAUAAGGUUGGUCGCUCUCCACUGAAAUUCCCCACCCAAUUGCGUUUUUGAAGACCUGUGUGAUUCUUUGAAUUUUCCCAGUUUGAGAGAUAAGAUUUCCACAAUAUAAUUUCAUGCAUGCUCUCUUGUAGCAUGAGAAUAGCACUCUAAUUCAAAGAAGCAUAAGUAUCAUUUAUGAACAGGUUUUGAUAGGUUCUGCUCAGGGCCUCGAUAAAGUGAAAGUAAAUAGUUUACAUUUCUUAAGCUACAAAGAAGCAUCUAAUUUUGUUAUACUUGACAUGAAUCUGUCCCAGACCAAUAGAUUAGAGCUGACUCCAGAAAACAAGGUAAAAACAGGACUAAGUUUGACAUUCUUGAAAGGUCAAAUGUAUCCUUUCAAGAACAGUUGAAACGUGAUGGACAAUUCUUAACAGGUUGUUCUUGAUGAGUGGACAUAUGGAUAUAUCCCCAAUGGCUCAGACUGCCAGUCAGCGUGUGAUGUGCUGAGCUGAAAUAAGUGCGUUCAGUACUGCUUGAGAAAAAGUUGUUUGAGUAUCCUGGUUCCAUUAUCCAAGUAUCAUGGAAGCUGCAUGGCUUCUUUCCAUACUCCUUGAAUAAUUUAGAUAGCCCCAGGGCUUUUAGCCCUCCAGGUGCUACUGCAUUAAAACUUCUGUUGUCUCUGACCAUUGGUCAUACUGUUUAGGAUAGACAGGAGUUGCAAUCCAACAACAUCUGGAGGACUAGGAUGUUCCUCACCGCUGCACUGGAGCAUUGCCCCUGUUUCCAUGCUGGAAUGGAAAGCUGUAUUACUGUGAUUCCCCUCCCCCCCUGAUCUUGGACUUCUGAUGUUACCCAAAGCACUUGGGUAAAAUCAAAAUGCAGCAGGUGAUACGAAAUUAUUGCCUAUAACAUGACUGAGGGUCAGAUAAGGCUGUCAGGAGGGCAAUUUGCACAGAGAAAACAGAAAUAUAUCUCUGGGUGGAUUUCUUUUGACUACAGAAGGACAAGUUCACAAAAGGAUCAAUGUUAUACUAGCUGCAUAGAGAAGACAUUGACGUGGUUUGCAUGCCAUUGUCACAUUAAGCCAAAAUAUGGCUUAUCGCAAAUACACAGGCUUCCAAAGAAGAGAAUUUCGCUAUUUUUCUUGUCCUCAGUAGUCCUACAACUGCACUGAGCUACACCAUCAUUUGCCUCAGUGUCUUGGGGAUCAUAGUUUUGCUCUGCUGGACUAGCCAUAAACUAUUAAGAUAAACCUGGAUUUGGACAAUAUGCCAAACCAUGACUUAGCUCAGUGGAGCAGCAGAAUGGCAGAGAGGUAAGCCACAAUGAUCUAAUCUAAAGUUUGUGUGUUCACACUAAGCCAUAGUCUGGCUCUUUGACAUGUGAACCAGGCCUAUGAAUGGAAAAUUUGCUGCUUGCUUCCUGAAAGUUUAUUUUUCAGUUACCUAGUCUAGCAAAGCUGCCUUUAGGUGUUGAUGCAUCUGCAAUGCAACUUGCUUAGCAGCUGAUGUCAAUAAAAACAAGAACUUUGAUUAUUAAACUGCCAAACAAUAGAACACAUUCAGAGCAUUGUGAAGUGCAGCAGGAAAUAUGAAAAUGGAUGUUUAAAUAUGUAGUCAAAGCUUGUGUGUGUGCUUUAUGUAACGGUACAUUCUUCUGACUUGCAUAAUGUUUUGUAUUAUAAAUGCAUAUUGAGACUGAGUUUCAAAAGUUUGCCAUUAAAUUUUGAUUCAGUCAAA